GUGGGUGUGUGUGUGUGUGUGUGUGUGUGUGUGUGUGUGUGUGUGUAUGUGUGUGUGUGUGCACUUGGAGGGGCAUGCCGCACUUCCCACGUGUGGCUGUGAGACAGAGAAGACCAACCCCUGGCGCCUUGUGCGCAGCACCCCCACUCCCACCCAUCCCAUGGCUACCCCCAGCGUUGGUGUUCAGUGUGGAGUGUGUAGAGGGGCAGGGGGCUGGGCAGCUACUAGUUCAAGGAACCCCCAGCUCUGGCCAGUGUGGGCUUCCCACAGGGGCCCCUGGCACCUGGCGGCAGUCUCAGUCCGGUUCCCUGCGGCAACUGCCGGUAGCCCCAGCCUCUCCGUGGAGGCGCAGCCAAGAGCGAGCGGGCUUUGCGUCAGGAGCCCCGGGUUCCAGCUGACUCACCCACUGGCCCGGGCGAUCCGGCCGCCGCCGCGCCUCAGUUUCCCCAUCCGCGCGAUGGGGACGGCCGGCACCGGGGGCUGACAGGGGUCUCGGAGCGCACCCGGAGGGGGCGGGGCCGGCGGGCAGCCAGGUGGGGCGGGGCCCGAGCUGGCGGGGCGGGACUCGGGGCCCCUCGGCUCGGUGGUGGCGGCGGCGCGUGCGCGCCCCGGAUCGGGCGGCCACCAUUCGGAGAAGGCCAACCCUCACAGAGACGCUGGCCAUGUGGGGAUCCCCAGGGCUGCUUCUGGUGUGGUUCCUGGUGCUGGCAGCUGGUGGCACUAAGCAUACUUACAGGCCUGGUCGCAGGGUAUGUACCAUAGGGGUGACGAGGGGCCCCAGGUCUGAGUCCUUCGCACAGCGUGUGUACCUGCCUUUCCUCACCACCUGCGAUGGGCACCGAGCCUGCAGCACCUACCGCACCAUCUAUAGGACUGCCUACCGCCACAGCCCUGGGCCUCGCUAUGCCUGCUGCCCUGGAUGGAAAAGAGCCAGCGGACUCCCCGGGGCCUGUGGAGCAGCAAUAUGUCAGCCUCCGUGCCAGAAUGGGGGCAGCUGUGUCCUGCCAGGCCAUUGUCACUGCCCUGCAGGGUGGAGGGGCACCAGCUGCCAGACAGAUGUGGAUGAGUGCAGUGUUGUAGGGGGCAAUCAUCCCCCACUCUGCGACAACACUGCGGACAGGUGCCAAUGUCGGGAGGGGCACCCCCCAUCUACAGACAGGGCCCUUGGCCCGCCCAAGACGGGGGCCCCCAGGGUAGCCCUGAACCCCACCACAGGAGCAGGUGGCAAGGCAGAAGAGGAAGUACAGAAGCUUCGGUCCCGAGUGGAGGUGCUGGAGCAGAAGCUACAGUUGGUGUUGGCCCCGCUGCACAGCCUGGCCUCGCUCGCCCUGGAGCAGGGGCUCCCAGACCCCAGCAGCCUGCUGGCCCACUCGCUGCGCCAACUGGACCGCAUCGACUCCCUGAGUGAGCAGGUCUCCUUCCUGGAGGAGCAGCUGGGGUCGUGCUCCUGCAAGAAGGAUGCGUGACAGGCCUGUGAGCGGUGCUCCUGUCAUCCUCUCCUGCACUGGGACUCCCCUCCAAGGCAGAGGAGAGAGCACCAAGGGCGCUAGCCCAGAGGGUUCCCUCAGAGCUGAAGGGUGAGGGGAUCCACCCCUGUGCAGCCAGCCCCUGCACGCCUGAAGGCUCAGGGCUGUGGCCCAUAACAGGGAAGGUACGAGGGUCCUGGCCUAGAGCCUGGGCCAUGCCACUCACUGGGCAGUGUUUCAGGGGGCCCCACCCAGCCCACUCUGACCUUUGUCAUAAUAAAAAUGAGAUGUGAGUGCU